AUGGAUAACUCUAGCGAGGGUACUAAGCUGGUGCCACUACGUUACCGUGGUUCGCGAAAUUUUGCCGCCCUGCAUAAUAAUGUAGUGCUUGGUCUUGAAUCGCUGAAACUAGAACACCCAGAUGGAGCGGGCAAGCAUACAUCAUUGGUGAAGAAUAAAGAUGAUAUAAUAUCAGGCGAGAGUCUCAAUCGCAUGCCAUUUGAAGGGCUUAGCACUUACAAGGCAGAUUUUGUCAAGCAUGACCUACCUGUGGAGUCUCCGGGGUUCACGGCACUUCAUAAAGGAAGCGAUGUGCCGUUUAACGCUAUGACUACAUACCGUAUGGACUUUAGAACCUCGUUAGUUGCUACCGACGAGGAUAGUAUGCCAGCGGCUGGAGCUUCGUCAUCUAACAAAUGUGGAAGGCACUCUUCUAUGUUACAUCGCUGA